AUGGCGUUUUUCUCUGCCGUGCCUUUUCGUGUCACCUGCGCGGCUGCUGCAGUCGCGCAGAGACGACGACCCGAGGUAGAUGAUGCAUUUGAAGAAUUGACGGAAGAAGAGUUCCGGCAGUAUUUUCGUCUGUCCAAACGAACAGUGCGUAGCUUGUGCGACGAGCUUGACGCCAUCAUGGCAUGCCAGCGAGCCAGUGGCCUUUCCACAGAAAGGAAGGUGUUGUGGGUGCUGCGAUUCUUCGGCACCGGAAGCUUCCAGAGAAGCGUUGGUCGCGAGGAACACGUAGGCAUGGCACAGUCGGCCGUGAGCAGCACCAUUCACGAGGUGACGGAGGCCAUCAUUUCCGUGUCUGCCCGGAGAAAGUUGGUGGACUUUCCAUUGACUCCGGCUUCCAAGGAUGAGGCAAAGGCGGCGUUUGCGCGACGCGGUGCCAUUCCAGGCGUGCUAGCGUGCGUCGAUGGCACAUUGAGCGCCAUUAUGAAGCCAGAGGGACUCAGCCCGGCUAACACGGCGAGCUUCAUGUUGAGAAAGGGUUAUUACGCCCUAAACGUCAUGGUCGUGUGCAACGCGGAAAUUCGCAUUCUUGUUGUGGACUCGCGGUUCCCUGGUUCGUGCCAUGACUCUUGGGUGUGGCAGCAUAACCCACUGCGUGCACGCCUAGCCGCACAACUGCAGCCUGGCGAGUAUCUGCUUGGAGACUCAGGAUAUCCUCUCGAGCCAUGGCUGCUUGUUCCAGUACCUGGCAGCCAUGCCGGCACCACCUCUGAAGGCCACUACAACCAGGAGCACGCAUCCAUGCGCAAUGUUGUGGAGAGAUGUAUCGGGGUGUUGAACAGCAUGUUCCACUGCUUGCAGCGCUUUCGGACAUUGCUAUACAGCCCCGAUAGAGCAGCACGAAUCAUUUAUGCAUGCGUUGCUCUCCAUAACAUUGCCUUGGACGCGGGCGACUGGACAUUGGGCGAUUAUGAUGGGGAAGUGCCACCAGCUGAGGAGCCAGAGGAGCCAGGAGACAUCCAGGUGCUGGCACCACACGACGUGUUCCUCAGAGGAAGUUGGUGGUUGCAGUAA